CGACUUUCUGACAUUUGCUCGAAUUGUUAUUAAUUUGACAGUUGUAAAUAAACUAAACAACGUGCAGAAUUUAAGAGUAGAGAAUGGCUUUAUCCAACAUAAAGAAACGAAAUAUUUCGAAAUCUGUACCAAAAGAACAGGUGCCAGACGAUUCCGAAGUUGAAAAUUCUAGUGGAGAAGAUCCUGAGGAUGAUGCAGAAGGAAAUAUCGGCUGGGCUGAUUGUAUAGCCAAAGUACUAAGCACGUCCAAGCCGAAAACUAAGAAAACAUUGGUAUUAUCCCGUGCCAGAAAACUAAAACCGGCUGAUAAGUUGAAAUCAAAAACUUUGAAUUAUGGUUUUGAAGUUGAAGGUGAAGACAAAACUGAUGUAAAACCCAUAAAAGAAGAAAUUGAUGAGCAAAUAAAACAUCGUAAGAAUGUGCCGUUGGAAUUGCGUGUAAAACCUUCAUGGAAAGAUCUUGAACGGGAACGCACAUUGCGAAAAGUUGCAACUAGAGGUGUUGUCCAGUUAUUUAAUGCAGUUCGAAUACAGCAAAAAGACAUCCAACAACAGUUGGAUGCCGCAGGCCCAUUAGAUAGUCGAAAAGAUGCAGUUUUAAACAAUAUAAAUAAAAGAAAGUUCUUAGAUGUUCUUAUGAGUGGCAAUCGCGCGAAGUCUGAAGCUGUUGACAAUCCUGUAAAAAAUGAAAAUAUGAAGGAUGUUGAUAGCAGUGAUGAUGAAGAUCAUAUGCCGUCCACUACACAAAAUAAGCGAAAGUCGGAGUGGAGUGUACUUCGAGAAGAUUUUAUGACAAAUAAAAAAAUUAAGCAUUGGGAUGAAGAUGACGACGAAAACACUGGUGAAGCACCAGAAAAUUCCGAUGCGGAAGAAGAUAGUGGCGACGAAUAAUAAAAUUGUAUUUUAACAAUGAUAUUUUUGUUAAAAAGAGUAGAAAUGUUAGGCAAUAUUACUAAAAGUGUUUAUUAGUAUGUACAUAUAUGUUCAGCAAUUGCAUGCACAGAUACGUACAUCCAUCAUUUUGCUAUGCGCAACUAAGGAACUUUAUAAAUUAGAUUUAUUUUUUUAAUAUAAAUAUUGAUUAAUAAAGAUUGUAUACUGGAAAAAAGAAA